CAGUGGACGGGAAUUCCACCGUCAUGAGAAAUGCCCGUGUGUAAUUCGAGUACAGUUUUGUGAGUGCAUUGAUGAUAAGCAGGAGAAAUGUUUUUUCGACGAGUUUUUGCCAAAAACAAUGGCAGUUCCGCGACGAGUGGGGAGGGAUCUUCCUCCACGUCUAAUUCUUCCAAUAAUGCGAGUUCCUCCUCACCAGCUCGGUAUCGGCGUGUGCUCAACGUGGAAGAUAACCAUCGCGUGUUAUCAGUGCUGCAGUUGACGCCUCUGUGGGAGUAUAUCAUUCGGAACAAUGAACUCCCGGUCGGGUUGAAUAUGAACGAGUUGUUUAGGGAGUUUUUGGAACGAUUGCAUGAUCCAGAGUAUCAAGUGCGGCAGCACUCUUUGAGGGUGCUUAUAGAUGUGCUAAUCGUGCUUCGUGAUGAGUCGGAUGUGUAUUUUGGACCGUUAUUGCCUCCUAUCAUCGACAAUCUGGGUCAUCCCUCGCCGGCUGUUAGGAAAGGGGCGCUGGAUGUGCUCAAAGUAUACAUUGCACAGACAAAAAUGCCCGAAGUUGUGAUGCUGGAAAUCAUGAACUAUGGGAUGGACCGCAAUCCAAAGGAUCCGCUUAGUACCCGGUACAUAGUGGGUGUAAUGUUGGCUUUACCCUCCCUGAUUCAGCCAGCGAUUCUAACAGCGAAAAGAACAUUCAUUCUCCGAGCGGUUAUCAACGCAUUGGGAGGGAAAAUGGUACAAAUAACGUACCAGGAGAUAUCACUUAAGAUCCUGUUGAAAAUCAAGAACACCAUAGGAUCACGGGAGUUUUACGAGUGCAUAUCGAUAUCGUACCGGCGUGAUUUCGAUCUACUCUGCAACGUCUACGGCCUUCCGAAUCCUCCUAAAAGUCCCCGACGAGAGAACGUCGUCAAUUUAACUCCACCCGGGUCGGAAGUUCCUAUGAGGAGAUCCUGGAAGCCGCACAUUCCGCAGGUUCCCACAACGGAAAUGCUUCCACCGUUGCAACCCCUCUCACCGAAAGCCCAGCGAUGGAAAUCGGGAAGCUACAACGAUAUAUCCAGGGCGGAGAAUCACGAGUUCGAUAGCAAAUCACGUCUCAAGGGAUCCGAUGAUCGACUCGGUCAUAGUUCGUACGCGAUAAGCAAACUUCCCAACCACGGAAGCUCGGUCGUUCGCCGGGUUAGCGUAGACAACGUCGAUAAGAUCGACGACUCCAAGGUAAUAAUGGAAACUGAAAUCAAGAUAAAUAAAGAAUCGGUCACGAUGCGGAUUCUAGAGGCGGAGAACUCUCAGUCGAUUAGUGAUGAAAGUGACGAAGAUAAUGCGAAACGGUACGGUGUUGUGCGUGUGUUGACGGACAGUGAGUUCGACGAAAGUUCGGCGACGAGAACUCUGGAGGCGUCCCCCAGUGGGGCUCAGGAACAAUCGUCGGACGAGUACGUGAGAAGAACUCCCCGAAGGGUGAGAUUCGGUGGAGAGAUAGUGAAAAUGAGAACACCCGACAGUGACACGUUCGAACAGAGUGAUCAGGACGGACUAACGAAUUCACAGUCUUCUAGUUCUAGUGCACCAAUCAAUGUAAAUAAUCACAACUCUUCUGUUACGGCUAGUUCUUCCAGCAGAUCUUCACCGAUUCGGUCGGCACUGAAGUCCUCCACCUCAUCCAUCGAUAGGUCAAGUUCCUCUCUGAGGAGACAGUUCUCCCAAUCGGCAGAUACCGAGCGAUCCUCGCCGCCGAUAAGUAGUGAAUACAUCAAUAGUAAUGGCCAAAGGCCAAUGUCUGCUAAACAUAGCAGCUACCCAGGUUCCGAAAGCAGUUCGCGCUCCAGACACAUGGCAUUCGCGAGACGAAGAAGCGUUACAUUCGAUGAAGACGACAUGCGCACAUCGGGUCUUUCGAUAACAACCUUUGAGAAAUCAGCAACUCCCACUCCAUCGCCUGAACCUCCGGAACCACCGGAACCACCAAAAGAGCGCUCCAAAUCGACCCGACCGAAAACUGGUCGAGCUCCCCAAACUCCUUCCAAAGUUCCUGCUCAAUCAGAAGAAGUCGAAAAUGAGCCACCGCCGGGAGAGUCCUCAACUAAAAACGAAACGGGAUCUCAACCAGAUACGCCGGACAAUCAAAGUCAAAUGGAACUCCCGGAAAGCAACCACAUGCUGGCGGAGAAAAUCGAAGAAGUGAAACAGGCGAUCCAAGGAAUCGAGGAGAAAAUCAACAACGUAGUUCUGAAAACGGUCGAAGCCGUGCUGGAUCAUCCGACAAGUCCAACCAAGCUGAAGAAAUCCGAAUCGGCAGAAUCGCCUGCCACAUCUUCACCGAAACUUCAGAAACCGAAUUUAUCGUUAGAAGUUUUGCUCAACACAAAUCCGGAAGCCCCAGAUAAUACGGAGAAGACAGAUACAAACGAUGGGGGAAAGGAAAAGGAAUUAAACGUUGAAGCAGUGAAAGAUCCUCCCCAGCCAAGCGAGAAAGCUAACGGAGUAUCAAAAAUUCCAAAGAUGAUCAAAACAGGCAUUCCAAAGCUUAACACGAUGCCCUCGCCGAGGAGACUCAAGCCUUCAGCCUCUGGAGGUGACACUGACAAGUCACAACCUGCUAGUGGGAGUGUUUCGCCACAAAAACUUCUUACGGUUGGUGAUCGAAGCCGACCGAGGCGUCGAACCCGCUCGGCAACUUUGAAACGGAGUAAAUACAUUAGUCCCUCGGCGCUCAGCCCAGCUCCGCACAGCGGGAUCGAAAUUAUGCACAAUCUUCUCAGGAGUCCCUCAACAUCCCCCAGUCGAAGCAGACGAGUCAGUGCCUCGGAAGAUAACCGAAAGGACCAUCCGAACGCCAGCGACACGAAUAACAAUAAUCUGGAGAUGACCAGCUUGGAUGGCACCAAAAGUGAUAAGUGCGUAAACGUUAACGAGGAUGACAUAUAUGAUGUUUUCGGGAAAACUAUAGCCACCCAAACCUCCACCGAGGAGUUGGAGAUCCCCGUGCCUUCUUCGGUGGUGCUGUCCGCAAGCAGCGGACCGGAAGUUGCAAUUCCGAGUAUUAUCAACACUCAGCCAAGCGACGAUAGCACCGAUGUGGAGAACAACAACAAUCCACCCCAAUCCCCGAGCAAAGCUUCCCGGCCUAGCUCACCGAAAAUAAUGCAAUCCAAAAUCAUCGAGUCGUGGGAGGAUCUCGGCAUAGUGGAUAGAGUCGCCCUCUUCCAACUGAAAAGUGGAGACUGGCGGAUACGAUCCCAGGGGUUCUGUGCCAUUGAGGAGUCGCUAAAAUCGACCGACAAUUUAGCCAAGGUCCAGCCGUAUCUUGAAUCAUUGCUGCGAACGCUGCUCUCGUCCGAGCGCAAUUCCGACGUCAUCGACGACAAGGUCCGAAUGCUGGUCAAUCUGAUAUCGCGUCUUCCGCUGGAGAAUCUCGAGGACCGUGUGGCUCAAAUCAUGACCGGCCUCUGCCGACAGGGCGGUCCCGGAAGUAACACGGUUGCGAAAGCCUUGAUGCAAAGACUACCGACGGCCGCAAUCGUGCAGCGAUUGCUAUCCGAUGAUUUCCUACAUGCCAAAAGCUCGAAGUUCCGUGAGAAUGCAUUGCAAAUGGUCCUGUUUGCUCUAAUGACAUUCCCCAGCACGUAUUUUGACAUCAAGACACUGAUUUCGAGGGCCACCGAGGCAGCGGUGGACCGGAAGAAACGAGUGCGGCAUGGAGCGCUCGAUGUGCUAGCAGUGUUAGGACAAAUCAGCUCGCCUAAACUGGUCCUAGACGUGGUGUGCACUUCCGUCGCCCAGCGUCCCGAUGGGAACCAUCUAAUAGCGGCCGUCAAGGCUCGGCUAGCCCGCAAGCAGCUUCCCUUCAUCGGUCCCGACGGGAGCGUGGAGUACGCGCUGAAAGUUCCCUCCUGUCGGAACACUUCGGUCAUCAUGUUCGGGGCCGAUGUGGACUGGAUUGAGGCCGGCAGUGGCUCGGCGUCGCCUACCUCCUCCCGAUCCAAGAACUAUCCGAGCUUCCGAGUGGACAGUGAUUCGUUCGAUGAAGUGAAGAGGAAACCGAGCUUCCAGGUAUUCGACGAGGUGAAACAACCUAUCGAAUCCAGCAAAGUUAUCAGUUCCGGCUGGACGUCUAAAAUUCCAGUAGGCCAAACGGACAGUAAUAUAGCGACUAACAAUGGAUCGAGAUCCUUCUACGGCAAUUCACAAUCGAGGUCAUAUCCGGAACAAACCGAACAACAGCAGCAGCAGCAACAGCAACAAUCACGGAAAGCUCUGCCCAAAAACGGUGCGAAUGGUGCUAAAUCUCAGACCAACAGCAACGGAAGCAAUCGUACGGCCAAACAGCCGACGAUUUCAAGAUUUCCCGAGAUGGUGGAGCAGAGACAAAAUGGGAGAAAUGGACUGAACGCGAAGCAUGGCAACCCUUACGAGACGACGAAACCAACCACCCGAAAUGGACGCAGCAGGCUGUACACGCGGCUCAGUGACGGAUUCAUGAGUGACACAAUUGCCAACGCUAACCGGGUGCUGCAGAUGGACUCUCGACCCUCCACCGAUCCUGCCAUCGACAACGGAGGAUUGCGGCAGUCGCGGAAUGGAAUGAGGUUCUACAAUCCUAACAUGAUGGUGAUGGGAAACAGCAGUAGCAGCAGUAAACAGCAAGGCAGCACGCAUGUGCAAAAGAUAGAUAUAGAUCAGCGGCCUAAUUUAUCGCCAACCAAACACUACAACAAUGGUGUCCACAAUCAAUCCAGCAACAGCAAUACCGGAGGACGCUUCUUCGCAGCGGACACUGUCGAAACACCGCGCCGAUCACGUUUCCUUGGGAAAGCAACAGGCGGCGGCGGCGAAACACCGGCCGUUACCGGUGGAAUCAAUCAGGAAAGUUACAUCAUCCAUCGGGACGAACAGUACGACAGUGACAAUGAUGAUAAAUCCAGCAACGAUUCAUCGUCCACGCGGAUCAUCUCCAACAGCACGUUUAAUUUUGGAGGGAAGGGCACCGAUCCAUAUCCGCCCACACCCAACGUUAGUCACCCGCCGUCGAUUCUUUCCUCGCGACCCCAUUCGGUGACUUCACACAAAUCUAUCGGUUCUGGAAUUCUAAAAAACGACGGAAGAUUGUCUCGAACCAGUAACAUUUCCUUCAGCAGUCCCUCUAUCAAACAGUCAGCUGAUAAUGUUUCAGCCAAAUCGAAUCGUUCCACCAAAAGCAAAGAGAACGAUAUGUGGUACGAACGAGACAGCACUCCUGUUCGAAGUGAAGAUGUGAUAAGCUCUAAUCAGGUACAAUAUGAAUCGGAUUACGAUGACGAUGUGGAGGACGAACCGAUUGAAUCGCGACGAACGGCCACUCCGAAGCGUUAUCCAACUCCCAGUCCUCACCCAUUGCAAACCUCUUAUUCCACUGAGGAGCUCUCUAACAACAGCUACCAUCAGGCGGAUGAUGCCGAAAUCUCGCCCCCCAAAAGCCGCGUUCAAUCCGCAAGCAUGGGAAACCUCGAACAACUGGAAGACGAAACAGAACCAGUGCAACCGACUGUAGUGCCUGCGAAGAAAAUCCUCAAAAAACCCUUCCUCGUUCGGAAGAGCAGUAAGGUAGCCCCCGUGAAAGAGGUGGUUAGCACCAUUAAAGCGAAGAAUAAAAUGAACGAAGUCAUAUUCCAAAAAACUCUACGCAAAUUUGAUAAACCAAAAGACGCACUCUCAAACUGCCUCACCCAUUUGGAGAGCCCAAAUUGGGAGCAAAACAUUAGUGGACUACAGUUCUUCGUCCGUCUCAUCCGACAUCAUCCGGAAGUGAUCGACACGCAGAUUCACCUGCUUUCGGUUGCCCUCGCGAAGCAGGUUCGUAAUCUUCGCUCUCAGGUCGCCCGAGCUGCCUGCCAAGCGGCAGCGGAAUUCUUCUGUACCCAUCGGCGCUGUAUCGAAGGGGAAGCAGAGGAUAUUGCCACCCAUCUGUUGCAUCGCACUGCCGAUACGAACAAGUUCCUCCGAGCCGAUGCCGCCCAAGCGCUGGAAUCGAUGUGUGCAAAUUUGUCAACACCGAAAGUGAUCCACAUAAUCUCCUUCAAAGGUGCAACCCAUCAGAAUGCUGUGGUCCGCACAACCGCAGCCAAACUGCUGGACAAUAUCGUACGUCAGAUUGGUUCGGAGAAGGUGUUCACACUGCCCAAGGAAUCCAGGGACAAGCUGGUGCUAACCGGGGCCCAGCUGCUGCUCGAGGGUUCGCUCGAUACGCGCAACUAUACCAAGAGCAUGUUCAAGCAGCUUUCGGAUCAACCAAAUUACAACAAAGUAUUACUGGAUGUUAUUCCACCGCGCACCUACCGGAACAUUCAGAAGUCGCUGAACAGCAUCAAACAGAUGUAAAUCGUAUGCUGUAACUGAUGCGACAGAAUAUGAAUUUUCUUUUAGACCUCGGUUUUCUAUCAUUCCUUUUGAGGCUUAGCGGAAUUAGAAGAAUAUCUUUGUAAUGUCACUUGUGAA